AUGAAUUAUCAAAGUGAAAGAGAGAAAAGAUAUAACAAGAUUGAUUCCGAUAGCGAAAAAAUUAUUGUUGAUUACAUGCAGAAAUGGAUUAACAACGGAAAAGUUGAACGGGAUCCUUUUGUUCAAAUAAGCAAGAUGAUUCCACAUGAUCCAAAAAAAAUAUGCCACCACUGGACGAAUAAACUAAACCCAAAAUUGUGUUUAGCUAAAGAUGUACCCAUCACUCUCCAUGAGAAGGAGUAUAUCUUUGAAUGGGUUGAGAAUUAUCUUAACUCUAAUAACAAACCAAUUUCUUGGAAACUUUUACAGUUAAAAAUGAAAGAAAAAUUUGGAAUAUUGCGCUCUCGAAAUGAUUUAAAAAAUGUUUGGAACAUCAAUAAAAGAAAAAUGAUCAAACGUGAUAAUCAUGUUAAUAUUGUGAGUAUUCCUUUAUUUGAAAAUUAUUUAGCCAUGAAUGAUUAUAUCUCUUAUUUUUUACAACCACCAUCAUAUCAAGAAACAACUGAAUUAGUAGCAAGUGAUAUGAUCUUGGAAACUUUUAAUUAUUUGAAUUAUUUUGAAUGUAUUAGUGAUUCUGUAAUUCCUUUAUAA